UUGAUUGCGAGGUGCUGGCGAACUGUGUAGGAUCUAGGAGACCUCUUGCUGCUGCACUCGUUAAGAUGACCUCUGAGACGACCUCUGAGGGCAUGUUUCAGGAGCAGAUACAAAGCAUGAUGUAUGUGUUUGGUGAUGCCAAACACCCUAACCCUGAGAGUGCUCUGCUGGUGGAGGAAUUUACUAGACAUCAGAUGAGAGACUUGGUUUCGAGAGCAUCACGUGUUGCCAGCAUGAGAGAUGCCAGGGGGAGGAUUGUCCGAUUGGAGGACGUGAUGUUUCUCCUGAGAAAAGACCAGGACCAACUGAAACGUCUACUCCGCUAUUUAGAGUUGAGAGGGCAAAUGAAGAAAGCUAGGAGUAUUGAUAGCAGGCCGGAUGAGGUGGAGGACCUUGAUGACACUGAGUGUGAGCACCUGAAGUAUACAGAGAGAGAUGAGACGGAGGUUGAUGACCUGAGUGACCCUCCUCACAGUGGAGUCAAGAUGGUACAACUGGCACGUGACUUCCUCACUCCACUGCAGAAGGCUGAGCUAAAGCUUGGAGAGAUGGAUGAGCUGGAGGUCCAGCGUUUAGAGCAACAAGAUGCUCUGACCAGUCGAUUGAGCACUAAAGAAUACUUGGAGUUCACAGCGGCUAAAAGUGCAUGCUUGUACAAAAGAAAUCGUUUUAUUUCUGGUAAAUUCAAGGAGUGGAUUGGUCUCGAUGACAUCACAUCGUUGAGAUUUAAACAAGACGUUAUCGAUGUGAUUGGUCACUUGGCACACGAGACAAUUAGAAAGCUUGUGGAAUUAUCGCUUCAAGUCAAGAGUGAUAUGAGCUUGAGGACACCCAGACAGUGGCCACCCACACACACAAGUGUUGGCCAGACUCCAACUCUGAUUGACCCACCCUCCACCGGAGCAGCUGGCACUGUUGAGAGGGGAAGUGGACCUUUUGUUCUCUCCACACCCACACACUCACCCCCUCCUCUCAGCCUCGGGGGUGGCAGUCCUAUCGCAGACGCUGAUCCUGGACUGACCAUCACCAGUAGCUCCCUCAGAAGAUCAUCAAGAGAGACCACCACCAGGAAGAGGCAGAGGCAGGUGAGUGUUGCUCCAGAGGCAGAGGUGGUCAGUGAGUCACCUCUACCACCACCACCUGGACCCCCCGCCAAGAAGCACCACCCCCCACAUGCACUCAAGCCAGUACACAUACAAGAGGCCGUGCGUAGACUGGAGCAAACACAACACACAGCCCCCAUGGCCACCUUAUGGACACAUCAACCAACAGCAAAGCCUACAAGAUCCUGGUGCCUGUAAACAAUGCAAUAAUCACUGCCAUCACUAGCUAACAAACUACUGUCCUAGUACACGUACAUGUGUAGAGUUUAUGUUGUUAUACUUAUUGUUGCAUUUGUUUACUUG